GCAGGGGGCACCUGUGAUGCUCAUUCUAGGGCAUCCUCUGUGCACAGGUGUGACAGUUUUCUGUUGGAUACACUCCCAGAAGUGCAGCUGUUGGGUGGGUUGGGAGUGACUUGCCCCUCUCUGCUCCCCCCCAUCCCACCCCCCAUGCCUACUUAGUGCUUUGAGAAACUCCCUGGGGGACCCCUUGUGCCUUGAGACCCCCAGGCUGCACUUUGGAGAAAGGGCAGUGGGCAGAAGUGGGCACAGACGGGCUGCAGCCACGUGCCCCCACCCCCCACCCCCUGCUUGGAAGCGCAGUCCUCAGAGCCCUUGGGAUAAGCAGAAGGCCUGUAACUGCCAGGUGGGGACUGGUUCUGCUUAGGCUGCUGGUCAAAGAUAAUCAGCUCACUUUGCCCUGGCCUCUGACCCAGGAUGGGGUGGAGGGACCUCGGAUGACACUGUCACUCCACCCAGGGCAGGGGGCUGUGUCUCCCUUUCCCACUCUUCCCAAGGCCCGGCGCAGUGCCUAAAAAAUGGAAGGUGCUUGGUAAAUAUGUGUGGCAUUUAAUCCGCCUUUCUGAAACGCCAGUGAGCCCUGGGCAGUGUGGCUCACUUGGCUGCAGCGCCACCGCAUGAAAAGAAGGGUGGCAGGAUCGAUCCCCAGUCCGGGCGUGUACAGGAAGGCAAGCAGUCGAUGUUUCCUCUCUCUCCUCUUUUUCUCCUCCUCCCUCUUUCUCUAAAAAAGCAAUAAUAAUAAAAGAACCCACGGGUGAGGAUCAAAUGUGCGUGAGGAGGCUGCUGAAAGCCCCAGUGCCCUACAGUGUCCUCACCCAGAGCCCUGCCUUCGUUUUCUGUGCUACUGUCACAAAACGCCACAAACUCGGUGGCUUUGUCAGACAACAUGUUCAUUCCCUUCCGGUUCUGGAGGUCAAAACUCCAAAAUGGGCUUCACUGGGCUAAAAUCAGGGUGUGGUGGGACUGCGUGCCUCCUACAGGCUGGAGAGAAAGAUUGCAUUUCUUCUCUUUUUCCAGCUUCUAGAAGCUUCCAGCCUUCGAGGGCUCAUGGCCUCUUUAUCUUCAAAGCCAGCAGCAGUGUCUUCAAAUCUCCCUCGAGUUGUGUCCGUCAUGACAUCUUCACGCACUCUGACCCGCCUGCCUCCCUCUUAUGGGGACGGAUCCCUGAGAUCACAUUGGAGAAACUGGAUGAUCCAGGAUAGUCACACCUCAAAACCCUUGGCUUGAUCACAUGUACAGAGUCCUUUUUGAGUUGCAAGUAAACGCUCCCAGGUUCUUAAGCAGACUGCCACCCAGUGGGCCCAGGUGUAUUUGCAAAUUUAGUUUGAACCCGUGGUACCUGCAAGGAGGGAGACCGAAUCUCAGAAGCAGCUCCCUGACUGAUGGGCACACACUCUCCAAAGACUCCCUGAGCCACGCUUGCGACUUCUCGUCCCCAGGGAAGGCAAAGGAUGCUCCGCCGAACUCUCCAGAGGAGUCACUGUGGACCACUCGGGCUGACGGGCGGGUCCGCCUGCGCAUUGACUCCGGCUGCCCUCAGCGCCCCAACACCGUGCAUCAGAUGUUCCUGGAGGCCGUGGACAAGUAUGGGCACUUCCAUGCUCUGGGUUUCAAGCGCCAGGGCUCAUGGGAGCACAUCACCUACUCCCAGUACUACCUGCUGGCCCGCAAGGCCGCCAAAGGCUUCCUGAAGCUCGGCCUGGAGCGGGCACACAGCGUGGCCAUCCUCGGCUUCAACUCCCCCGAGUGGUUCAUCUCGGCAGUGGGCACCGUGUUUGCAGGAGGCAUCGUCACUGGCAUCUACACGACCAGCUCCCCCGAGGCCUGCCAGUACAUCGCCCUCGACUGCCACGCCAACGUCAUCGUGGUCGACACGCAGAAGCAGCUGGAGAAGAUCUUGAAGAUCUGGAAAAGCCUGCCCCACCUGAAAGCAGUAGUGACCUACCGAGAACCCCCUGCAGAGAAGAUGGCUGGCGUGUACACGAUGGAGGAGUUCAUGGAGCUGGGGGAGCAGGUGCCCGAGGACGACCUGGACGCCAUCAUCUGCACCCAGCAGCCCAGCCAGUGCUGCGUGCUGGUCUACACGUCCGGCACCACUGGCAGCCCCAAGGGCGUGAUGCUGAGUCAGGACAACAUCACGUGGACAGCGCGGUACGGCAGCCAGGCCGGCGGCAUCCAGCCGUUGGAGGUGCAGCAGGAGGUGGUGGUCAGCUACCUGCCUCUCAGCCACAUCGCCGCCCAGAUCUAUGACCUGUGGACGGGUCCCCAGUGGGGGGCCCAGGUCUGCUUUGCUGAGCCCGACGCCCUACAGGGGAGCCUGGUGGACACGCUGCGGGAGGUGCAGCCCACGUCCCACAUGGGGGUGCCUCGGGUGUGGGAGAAGACCAUGGAGCGCAUCCAGGAGGCGGUGGCUCAGUCUGGCUUCAUCCGGCGCAAGAUGCUACUGUGGGCAAUGUCAGUGAUGUUGGAGCAGAACCUCACCUGCUCGGCCAGAGACCUGAAGCCCUUCACAGCCAGGCUGGCAGAUUACCUGGUGCUGGCCAAGGUCCGCCAGGCGCUGGGCCUCUCCAAGUGCCAGAAGUGCUUCUACGGAGCCGCCCCAAUGACCGUGGAGACACAGCACUUCUUCCUGGGCCUCAACAUCCGCCUGUACUCGGGCUACGGCCUCAGCGAGACCUCGGGCCCCCACUUCAUGUCCAGCCCCUGCAACUACCGGCCAUGCAGCUCCGGCAAGGUGUUGCCCGGCUGCCGGGCGAAGCUAGUGAACCAGGACUCCGAGGGCACCGGAGAGAUUUGCGUAUGGGGCCGCACCGUCUUCAUGGGCUACUUGAACAUGGAGGACAAGACACGUGAGGCCAUCGACGCUGACGGCUGGCUGCACACCGGCGACCUCGGCCGCCUGGAUGACGACGGCUUCCUCUACAUCACAGGACGACUGAAAGAACUAAUCAUCACGGCCGGUGGGGAGAACGUGCCGCCGGUGCCCAUCGAGGAGGCCGUGAAGACAGAGCUGCCCAUCAUCAGCAGCGCCAUGCUGAUCGGGGACCAGAGGAAGUUCCUGUCCAUGCUGCUCACCUUGAAGUGCACUCUGGACCCAGACACCUCUGACCCCACUGACCAGCUGACCGAGCAAGCCGUGGAGUUCUGCCAGCGAGUGGGCAGCACCGCCACCACGGUGUCCGAGAUCGUGGGGAGCAAGGACGAGGCCGUGUACCGCGCCAUUGAAGAGGGCAUCCAGAGGGUGAACAGCCAGGCGGCCGCCCGACCCUACCACAUCCGCAAGUGGGCCAUUCUCGAGAGGGACUUCUCCAUCUCCGGUGGAGAGCUGGGUCCUACGAUGAAGCUGAAGCGACUCACAGUUCUGGAGAAGUAUAAAGACAUCAUCGAUUCCUUCUACCGAGAGCAAAAUAAAUAACGGGAGGGCCUCCUGCGUCCUGAGGCCGGUGGGCCUCCCCGAGGGACCUGUCCACGCCCUCUUCAGUCUGGGCACAGCAGCUUCUGGCAGGUCUGCUAGGUCUCAGGUCCGGUAUGGCACCGGCAUCUGCACUUCCCAGGUCUCAUGCCAACAACGGCCAGCAAUUCCGUGCAUAGUUUUAAGUGCCACCUUUUGUUCAGGUGAUGGGAGACCAGCUCUCCUUCCAGAACUGAAGGGUUGAUACUUUAUGGCUUUAGUUCCAGGUAGAAUUUAUGGGCCAGUAGCUCACUGAGCAGCCUGCCAGCUGCAGGCUGUGUGGACAGAGGGGGGGAGGGGGGAGUCGGUUCAUGUUACUGCAGGUGCCACCAGGACAGUGGCUGUAACUCACUCACCCUGGAAUGUGCUGGACGGGCCACCGGCCACUCCACACCUAAGCCAUCCCCAACACGUGCCUACUGACCUGCUGCUUCGUAGGACUGCUGCUUCCAGUUUGUAUUUAAUGUGUGAUUCGGGUAUUAAACUUUUAACAACCGUCAACAAGUACGUGACUUUUCUUGUCGGUUGAGCAAGUGGGACCAGCACAGACUGUAGUGGGCGUUCACCUGCAGGGCAGUGCCCCGCGGGCACGUGAGGGACGCUGGGCACCUGGGUCGGCCGAGGGCUGCCGCCCCCGCCUCAGGGCCCUGCCGCGGAGCAGCCGCUCCAGCCAUGGGGCCGAGCCCUGGACCUUGAGACAGCGCACAUCUCAGUCGGUU